GGUUCUUCUGUCUGGAACUAGUGUUCUUUCUCUUGCUGAGGAGACUCUUCCGGAGUUGAUUUUGUGAGGGUUUUUGAGUGGUCGUAAUUCUAGUGAUGGGACAAAAGUUGAAAUAAUUGGUUUUUGUGGAGUAAAUAGUGUUUUUCUUUGGUGACAAAGUCUGAACUGCAGAACAUUAUGCGUUUUUUUUUUGAAAGAAAAAAGUGUGUGAUACCUCUUUUUUCAAGUUCAUCGAGAGUGGUCUGGCGACGAAGUUGCAAGUAUUUCAAAUUCUGCUAGCUAGCCUCAUGUUUGAAGUUGUCGUAGAUCGUGGAUAUCAUUUGCACUACAGUUGAAGUCAUUUUUGCUUUUCCUCUUUGGUGAACCAUCUCUUGGCUCUCAACCUUCAUUGAAAAGAUUUAGAUGUUGGCGAAAGGUUGAUUCGUUGUUCGUGUUUCAUAUAUGUCCCAAAAUAAGGGAAAGGAGGCCAUGGGUUUGGAGGAAAUAGUGAGCUGCCCAAGAUCAAUUCUUGAGAGAAGAAUGAAACCCCAGCCAGAACAAGCUCUAAAAUGCCCCAGAUGUGAUUCCACGAACACCAAGUUCUGCUACUACAACAAUUACAGUCUCUCACAGCCAAGAUACUUCUGCAAGGCCUGCAGGAGGUACUGGACCAAAGGAGGGUCCCUGAGGAAUGUUCCAGUUGGAGGUGGCUGCAGAAAGAACAAGAGACCGACUCCCAAGAAACCACAAGACCCAGUUCAAGUUCAACCCAUUUCAGUUCCCUCUCUCCUGCCCCUUACAUAUGGCCCUCUAUUGGGGAACAACCCACAUGCUGCCCAAGAUCUCUUGGCCAAGCCUGCUGCAAACAAUGGCUUCCUCAGUCAACUUGAUCCGAUCAGAAGUGGUUUCCCAGGAAUGGUCACCGACCUGUCCCUGUACAGCCUUCCGUCUAGUUUCCACAACUCUUGCUCGACAUUCAGCCAUGCGAAUCUUGAAGGAAUGAGCAGCGGAAGCAAUGGCGGCCGGCAGAUGACGAUGCCUGCAGUGGAGAAUUUGGGGGGUUUUAGAGAGGAUCCGAGCUCCAAAUCUAGAGAGGGGGAGGCCAGAGUUUUUGGGGGACAGUGGCAGCAGAAUAGUGGAGGAGAGGGCGCCUUUGAAGAAGGAAAAGAUUAUUGGGGUGCAAUUGGGGCAACAUGGAAUGGGAUGGUGAAUAAUUGUGGACCUUCCUCCCUAAGCCCAUUUAUUUAGCUAGAAGUAUGCAAACUAUGUGAUCUCCUUCUCACCAAGGAAUGAACUACCCAAGUUCCUCCUCAAGGUUUUGUUUCUGUUCUCGAGUUUCGCUUCGUGCAUCUUCACCAAAUUGGCAGUUGAUUUAACCUUGCAACUUGCCUGGAUAGUGUCGAGAGUGUCCAGAAAAGAAAAGUUUACACCUGGUUGCUUCCUUUUCUCUUGAAUUGUGCAUCUUUCUUUCUCCAACUUAUAUAUGACAGAAAACGUUGUGGUUUCUAAGAUCUGUUUUGAUUUUGUGUUGGAUGUGGCAUCAUAUAUGUUAGCUAGUGCAUGUGAAGUCUUGAAUUUUUUCUUA